AACGGUAGAAGAGCGAGCCAUCGCGCACGGUUUCCUCAUUUGUGUCUGUGACUCCGUUGCUGAACUCGUUGCGCGUACCGAGCGGAGAGAUCGUGCAUCGUGCGGAUUCGUAUUUUUGCGUGAAGAGAGCACCGAGGGUUGAAGAUGAGUGAUCCGAAGAGUGAUGGAGAUUUAGCGACGGCUAUUCUUCGCAGGAAGGAUAGGCCAAACAGAUUGUUGGUAGAUGAAGCAAUCGCCGAUGACAAUUCUGUGGUCGCGCUCUCCCAGACGAAAAUGGACGAGUUGCAGUUGUUCCGUGGUGACACUGUACUACUGAAGGGUAAACGACGCAAGGAAACAGUGUGCAUCGUACUUUCAGAUGAUACCUGUCCAGAUGAAAAAAUCCGUAUGAAUCGUGUUGUCAGAAAUAACUUGCGCGUACGUCUGAGCGACGUUGUUUCAGUACAAGCGUGUCCAGAGGUCAAAUACGGAAAACGUAUUCAUGUUCUGCCAAUGGACGACACCGUCGAUGGUCUUACUGGAAACCUAUUUGAAGUCUAUUUAAAGCCGUACUUUUUGGAAGCAUACCGUCCUAUUCACAAAGACGACAACUUUAUUGUGCGAGGGGGUAUGCGAGCUGUGGAAUUUAAAGUUGUGGAAACUGAUCCAGGACCAUUUUGCAUUGUCGCGCCUGAUACAGUGAUACAUUGCGAAGGUGAUCCGAUAAAAAGAGAGGAGGAGGAAGAAGCACUGAACGCUGUGGGGUACGACGAUAUUGGCGGCGUCCGCAAACAAUUGGCACAAAUUAAAGAAAUGGUGGAAUUACCUCUGCGACAUCCGUCUUUGUUCAAAGCCAUCGGCGUUAAACCGCCACGUGGUAUAUUGUUAUAUGGACCACCAGGAACGGGAAAGACUCUUAUUGCACGUGCCGUGGCAAAUGAAACCGGAGCGUUUUUCUUUCUUAUAAACGGUCCCGAAAUUAUGAGCAAACUGGCUGGUGAAUCGGAAAGCAACUUGCGGAAGGCAUUCGAGGAGGCCGAGAAAAAUUCUCCGGCCAUCAUAUUUAUUGAUGAACUUGAUGCGAUUGCGCCGAAACGUGAAAAGACGCAUGGCGAGGUCGAGAGGCGUAUUGUGUCGCAACUAUUGACACUGAUGGACGGUAUGAAACAAAGCUCCCAUGUGAUCGUAAUGGCAGCUACUAAUCGACCAAACAGCAUCGACGGAGCGCUGCGCCGGUUCGGACGUUUCGAUAGAGAGAUCGACAUCGGUAUACCCGAUGCCACUGGUCGAUUGGAAAUCUUGAGAAUUCACACGAAGAAUAUGAAACUCGCUGACGACGUUGAUUUAGAAGAGAUCGCAGCAGAAACUCACGGACAUGUCGGCGCCGAUUUAGCGUCUCUAUGUUCGGAAGCAGCUCUUCAACAAAUUCGUGAAAAAAUGGAUCUCAUAGAUUUGGAGGAUGACCAUAUAGACGCGGAGGUUUUAUCUUCGCUCGCAGUAACGAUGGAGAACUUUAAGUAUGCAAUGACGAAAAGCAGCCCGAGUGCUCUGCGUGAGACAAUUGUGGAAGUGCCGACGGUCACCUGGGAUGAUAUUGGAGGUUUACAAAACGUCAAAAUGGAGUUGCAAGAAUUGGUACAGUAUCCGGUGGAGCAUCCUGAUAAGUUCUUGAAAUUUGGUAUGCAACCGUCAAGAGGCGUAUUAUUUUACGGUCCACCCGGUUGUGGUAAAACAUUGUUGGCCAAAGCGAUCGCCAACGAGUGUCAAGCAAAUUUCAUUUCUGUUAAGGGUCCAGAAUUGUUAACUAUGUGGUUUGGAGAAUCGGAAGCUAAUGUCAGAGAUGUUUUUGACAAGGCAAGAUCAGCGGCACCCUGUGUAUUGUUCUUUGAUGAACUUGAUUCUAUCGCGAAGUCACGAGGAGGCACCGUCGGUGAUGCUGGCGGUGCAGCGGAUCGUGUGAUAAAUCAGAUAUUAACAGAAAUGGAUGGUAUGGGCGCAAAGAAAAAUGUAUUCAUCAUCGGAGCGACAAAUCGGCCCGACAUCAUCGAUCCAGCAAUUCUACGACCCGGUAGAUUAGAUCAAUUAAUUUACAUACCAUUACCGGAUGAGAAAUCUCGAGAAGCGAUAUUCCGCGCUAAUCUUCGAAAAUCGCCCGUAGCUAAGGACGUAGAUCUAAGCUACAUAGCCAAAGUUACGCACGGUUUUUCCGGUGCUGACUUGACAGAAAUCUGCCAGCGAGCGUGCAAACUUGCCAUUAGACAGUGCAUCGAAACUGAAAUUCGAAGGGAAAAAGAACGUGCAAACAAUCCAUCCGCAUCUAUGGAUAUGGAUGAGGAUGAUCCUGUACCAGAAAUAACGCGAGCUCAUUUCGAGGAAGCAAUGAGGUUUGCGCGUCGUUCAGUGUCUGACAAUGACAUUCGCAAGUACGAAAUGUUCGCGCAAACACUUCAACAAUCUCGAGGAUUCGGGACUAAUUUCAGAUUUCCACAAAGUGGAGCAGGCGGUGCUCAAGAUAACACGCAAGGCGAUCAAACCUUUCAAGAUGAUGGAGAUGACGAUCUCUAUAGCUAAGCUUUCGUUUCCUUGUAUGUCAUUACAGUGAGCAUACGACAAAAGGGCCUGUCUGUUACCAUAUAAUAUAUUACACAGGAAUCGUUUUUAAGUGAUACAAUUAAAAUAUAAAAGAGCGUAAAUAAAUGGAUAAAAUGAUUGAAAUUUUAUAUGAGGUACAUACGACUUUUGUGUUUGUAGAAAAAAAGAGCACAAACUCUAAUCCAUGUAGCUAGAAACAUUCAGAUAUAAAAUAUCGAUUGAAAACCUGUUUUGUCAUAUGAUUAUUUUUGCGUUUAGCUGUAUUUAUUGAUUUGGUCUUUUAACAAGACUGUUUAUAAAAUUAUCUUUUUUUUUUCUUUUCCAUCCAUCAUGUGGCAGCAUGGAUGCGAUAAACGUAUAAUUGCAUUGUUAAUUAAUUACACGAAACAGAAAGAUUAUGAUAAAGUGGCGAAAUGAUGCUUUAUGUAUACACGUAUUAUAGAGACAUACAUUACCUAUUGCAAUUUUGCUACGUAAUUUUACAUGCGUUAACGAUUACGUAUUUUGUCGAGCUUUUAAACUUGGAAUGGACCCUUUUGCUGCAUUAUCACUGUACUCAAUGAGAAUACAUUCUGUUGUUCACACUCACACAUUGCAGUAAUAUAAAAAUUUAUGCCAUGUCGAGAUGAGAUAUUCAACCGAUGAUGAUGUAUGUUGACGAUUUUACAAAUAUCCCUUAAUAGUAAAUUAAUCCAUAUGACGAUAAAAAAGGAACCUUUUUCAAUCUCGUCAUUUGAAUCGUACGAUUAUCUGCUUUAUAACCGUUCGCAGUUUUAUAAACGUUGAAAUUUCUGAAAUGAUGGAAAAGUCGAACAAGAUUAUUAAAUACAAUACAAAUAAAAAGAAA